ACAACAUGAAUGGUAAGAGGAUGGGCUAUGAUGUAUUGCUAGCAUAGAGAAGGAAUAUAAAUAAAUGUAAAUAUUAUAUAAGUAUAAGGUGAACAUACAAAUAGUGGAGUAGUGGAGGCGGAUUGUACGAUUAACAAGGAAAUUAGAUAAAAAUUGAAAAGUGGAUACUUGAGCUAUUUUAAAACAAAUAUUUUUUUAAAGCUUCACUAUUAGGCUUAUGCUUACUAUUUUAUUAAAUAUAUGCACAAGAACAAUAACUAUUUACCAUACAGAAUUUUAAUAAAUUAGAUGUAAAAACAGGUUAAAUCUGUUCCAUCUCAGUAUUUUUGGCUGUUAUUAGAUUCAAUUUUGAGUAUACAUACAAAUAAUCAAAUUUUAUAUGUUAAAUUCAUUAAUAAUAAUAAGAAAAUUAAAAGUUUGAUUAAGCCAUUAUGUUGGAAAAGUUUGCUUUAAUCUUUUCUAUCUUUUUCACUUUCAGCUAUAUUAAAUUAACUCAUUAAUAGAACGAAAAUUCUAAUAUCAUAGAAACAAUUAUAAGAGGAAAUUAUCUAAAUGUACUAACUUCAAAUAGUGGAAGUUUAAUAUCAUCAAAAAAUAAAAAUUAACUGCUGAAAAUAAUGAUGGAGUCUUCUUAAGAGACUCAAUUUAUUAAUUGUUAUUAAAAUUUGGUUUUGUAUGGUGUUACAAAGGAUAGUCUAUUUAAAUAGAUCUCUUACAAAAAUAUGAAUUGAAUACUAUAAAAAUCUGGUUUUAUGAUUUAGAUGACAGAUUGUAUUGAGUAGAAAUAUUUAUCAAAUUAGCAAAUA